AUGCGCUUACUCGACAUUGUGGGCGAGGGCUUGCUGGUGCAUGAGCCGCAAUGGGACAAAGAGGCCAUCAGCGCCCGCGUGCGCGAGGUUUUGGCCGAAGUGGGCCUGACUGAAGCGGCUUUUCCUGGCCUUUUGCAGCGCUGGCCACAUGAAUUCUCAGGCGGUCAGCGCCAGCGUAUCGCCAUUGCGCGUGCACUGAUCGUCGAUCCGCAAAUCCUGGUACUCGAUGAACCCACCAGCGCCCUGGAUUUGACGGUACAAAAACAAGUCCUCACCCUGCUACAAAACCUGCAAGCCAAGCGGCGUCUGAGCUACCUGCUCAUCACC